AACUUGUGUAAUGUAAAGAGCGCGAAGUACAAUUUCAAACAUGUACACUGCCUCCACGACCCACGUCUAGCUUUAAAUCGAAUCUCUUUUUUUAAUUUUAUAGUAUUUUAUAAUGAUAACAUCCGACCCGAAACGACCGAUCUGAACUUUACCUCGUACAAAAAAAAAUCGAAAAUGUGUCAGUGCAAAUUGUGUGUAGUGUGUGCUUUUUUGUGCAUCUGUGUAUAUACAGUGACCACUUUUAACGUCGACAGUUUUAAUUACGCUUCUUACGACACCCCGUUUCCCGAUGGCCACGGUUCCAUGUUCGGGUUCAGCGUGGCCCUGCACAGGGAAAGGAAAAACGGCUGGUUGAUUGUGGGGGCGCCGGAAGCCCAAUCUAAUCAACCCGGAGUGAUACAUGGCGGGGCCGUUUAUAAGUGUCCCACCAACAGGGACGGAGGUUGUGAAGAAAUACCCUUCGACACUAAAGGUCACAAUCGCGAUACCCGCAACGACCUGAUGGACAACAAGACGGAGCAAUGGUUCGGAGCGACCGUCAGUUCGUCAGGCAGGGAGGAAGGUCCCAUCGUGGCCUGCGCCCCUCGCUACACCUGGUUCCCCAACGGUCGUACGCGCCGAGAUCCCGUAGGAACCUGCUACGUCUCCAGCGGCUUCUUCGAUGAUUUCAACGAAUAUUCACCUUGCAGGACAUAUCAAUGGGGUUACCAUCGGCAGGGAUCAUGUCAGGCUGGAUUUAGUGCUGCCAUAAACCAGGUCGGAGACCGUCUCUUCAUCGGUUCACCAGGCAGUUGGUAUUGGCAAGGACAAAUGUAUUCCAUUGAUGCUCAUGCUACGUUUGAAUAUAAACCUCCGUUGUUCUCUGCAACAUACGGCCAUGAAGGCCAAGUCCAUCAACAAAGUCUGGAAACGCGACCGGCGGUCUUCUCCACCACAGAAGGUACCGAGCGGGACGACGACUCCUACAUGGGGUACUCAACCAUCACGGGCGAUUUCCUCGGCAACGGCCAAGAAGGAAUCGCCGUGGGUAUGCCCAGAGGUAAUGACCUCAAGGGAAAAGUGCUGUUGUUCACGUGGAAUUUGACCAACUUUUUGCAUCAUUUUACGAGCGACCAGAUUGGGUCGUACUAUGGGUACGCGUUGGCAGCUUCGGACGUCGAUGGGGACGGCAAACUAGAUUUGAUCGUGGGGUCUCCCAUGUACACCGUUCAGAAUAACAAAGACAAGUAUGACGUGGGGCGGGUGUAUGUCAUCUACCAUCAGAGUGAGAAGGGUAAAUUUAUGGCUAAUUAUAUCAUCGACGGGUUUAAUUCAAAAUCAAGGUUUGGGCAAGCGCUGGCGUCGUUAGGGGAUAUUAACCAGGAUGGAUUUGGAGAUUUCGCUGUGGGUGCCCCUUACGACGGUAAGGAAAAUCGCGGCGCAGUUUACAUCUACCACGGCUCCAGUAAAGGAGUCCGCAAGAAGUUCUCUCAAGUAAUAUUUGCGGAAGAUGUGAUUCCGUUACCAACAGGUGCCCUAACUACGUUCGGUUUUUCAAUAACUGGAGGCUUAGACUUAGAUGGAAACCAGUACCCAGACAUGGCAGUAGGCGCUUAUUUAUCUAACAAGGCUUUCUUCUUUAGAUCACGUCCAGUUAUCAAAGUCGAAGCGUCUGUUAAGUUUUUAACGAAAACAGUAAACAUCGUAAAUACCAACCACGUUCUAAGAAGCGAUGGGACCGCAGCUACGAAAACUCAAAUUCAGUUCUGCAGCAAGUACUACGGGAAAGGAAUUCCCAGUUCUUUAAAACUAGGAGUUGAAUAUAUUUUGGACACAAAAAAAUUAAUUAAUCCAAGAAUGGGUUUUGUCGAUGAUGAAAAUAAAAACAGGAAAAAUGCGACGAUCACACUCCAGCAUAACGAACAAGUUAAGUGUGCUUCACCCAUCGAUGUGUACGUAAGAAGUGAUAUCCGGGAUAAACUGACAGCCUUGGUCGUAGAAGCAAAGUACUGGUUACAAGAUGAUGCCGACUUGUCUCCUGCCUACCUUCAACAACUUCCUCGAAAUCCCAGAUCAGCUUUAGUACCUGUUCUUGAUUUAAAUUCACCUCCGUCCAAGAAGGACUCUAUCAGUAUCCAAAAGAAUUGCGGCGACGAUAAUGUCUGUAUACCUAAUUUGGACGUGAGCGUUGAACCGAGCGUCCAAGAGUAUUACCUUGAUUCCGGUAAAAAAUUUUUCUUGGACAUUACUGUUUCGAAUAGUGGAGAAGAUGCUUUUGAGACAACUUUAGAAGUUAAAUACCCUGAUGGGUUCUAUUACUCAACUAGCUCGGACGUUCAAGUGGUCUCCCAUGUACUGUGCAGCUCUUAUGAAAAUAACACUAUCAAAUGUGAUAUCGGAAAUCCAGUACCUUUCAACAAGGUUGUCCAUUUCAAGGUAUUUUUCCAGCCUGAUUAUUCUAAAGAGUUCCCUGCCAAACUCCACUUUGAUGUGCUUGUGAAUAGUACCAAUGAAGAAUUGGAAGAAACCAGAGCAAAUAAUAAACGAAGAGUUUCCAUUUCCAUUCUUUAUGACGUCAUACAAGAUAUUCGUGGAUGGUCAAUACCCGGUGAAGUAUUAUUCAGCCCAGCUUCGACACUUUAUGCAGAUGACAUUUCUAAUCAAACAUCUCGCACGCCUUCCAAGGACCGACUUUCUGAAGAUGUUAUCGGUCCUCAAGUUAUACACGUCUAUGAACUGAAGAACGGUGGCAAAACGGUUAUUAAAUCUACGGAGAUAUUUUUCGUAUGGCCUGCAACGACAUUAACAGGCGAAGACUUCCUCUACUUGGUUGAUCCUCCAGAAUUUUCUUUUGCGAAAAAUUUAAAUCUGAAAUGUGGUCCCAUCCCUGCCAAUUACAGAGAUUUUGAGUUGUCGCCACGAAGGAAAAGCAUCUGGGAAUUGUACGACAUCAACGUUCAAGUAGAUACCUCAUCCGAAAAAUCAACGUCAACAUCAUCGAAAAUCGGAGCUACAAUCGGCGGAAAGAUUGUCAAAGGCGACGAAACCUUAAAUAAAGCUGUUGAAACCUCAGGAGACAGUUCUUCAGUGAUGGAUGUAAGACAUCAAAACAAAACCCAAGGGCAGACCAUAGCUUGGCAAGACUCUACAAGAGUACAGAUUUUCGAAGCCGGUUCAGACACCUCGCGAAAGCUGGGAAGCGGCAAUUUCAAACAUUUACAAUUCGGAGGAAAAGAUUACGUUUAUCGUUGCUUCAGAACUGUAAAUGGUCAAGAGCGAGAGGUUGAUUGUGGAGCAGACUUUUCUUUGACGAAGAGCGCACCUGGAUUAUUACAACUUGCUAGCGCGCAGUACCAAGAAGAAGGUAACAUUCAGUAUUGGUGUCUAGAUCAAGACAGUGCUGGUAACUGGAAAAAAGUUGGCUGCCAAGGGGUACCGAAAGUACCUCUGAUCACACAAACAAAGGAUGAAGGAGCGACAACAGUUCAAAUCUUUAACGGAAAUCAAAUGUUUACUAAUCGAUUAGAAGAAGGAAAGUACAAGCACCAGAAAGUAGGCACCGGCGACUUCGUCUACCGUUGUUUCCGUAGAAGGAAUGGCCGCGAAGAAGAAAUAGAGUGCGGCAAAAAUUUUUCCUUUUCGUCUGUGGAUAUUCCAUGGGUGUUGGAGCAUUCGGGGGUGCAACAAGAAGGUGAUAUUCGAUACGCUUGCCUAGAACCGGAUUCUCAAGGAAAGUUGCAUCGUACUGACUGCCAAAAUGUUCCAAAGAUUCGUUUGAAAACAGAAAUUAUUAGAACUUCGUGGGGACAGAACGAUACCCAUUAUUGGAAUGACACUGGGACGUAUUACGUUGGUCCAAAAAUGGCGUUCACAAAGAUUCAAGUUUUCCAAGGCGGUGAAGACAUCAGACAGCAACUGGAAGGCGGUAUAUACCGUCACCAGUACAUCGAUGGCAGAGACUUCAUCUACCGUUGCUUCCUUAGUGUAAACGGACGAGAACAGGAAAUCGAUUGCGGAGAAAACUUCUCUUUAGCCCGAUUAAAUAUCAUCGGGUUGUUGGAGAAAACUGGUGUGCAACAAGAUGAACGAAUACGAUUUACGUGUCUAGAACCGGACGGUAAUGGAAAUUUAAGAUAUGUUGCGUGUGGGACGGUUCCCGCAAUCCGAAUUAGACCACUAGUUAUAACUAGUUCUUGGGAGUCGAACGGUACACAUUACUGGAACAAUUCGGGAGUGUAUACACUUCCUCAAACAUAUAGUUUUGAAACAGUUCAAGUUUUGUUAGGAGGUGGAAACAUAAUGUCUCAAAUUACUGGCAACUACCGACUUGAAAAUGUAGCUGGUCAAGAAUUUCUCUGCCGUUGUUUCAAGAGUUCACAACAAGUCGACUGUGGCUCAAACUUUUCUUUAGCGGGUAUAAACGUAAUUGUAUUAAUGCGAAGAGUGGGAAUUCAAACAGAAGGACCUAUUCGAUACUUUUGUUUGAGGACGGACAGUGCUGGGAACUGGAUGGGUACCGACUGUGGACAUCUUCCCAAAAUCCAGUUGGUCCAACAAAGACAAACUUACCAGACUCAACAACAAAUUCUUCGUCGCUGUCUUAAACUUGAAAAUGGACAGUGGAGUGAGGUCGACUGUCGAUCUGACACUAGGUUCCAAAGCGGACGAGGUGAAAACACCUUUGUGGAACAGUGUUUCCAGACAAUUAACGGAAGGAGAGAAUCCAUAAACUGCAGUGAAGUACCAGCAGGUGCCAAAUUCACGGAUGUAUACAACCAACAAUCACAAAGUCGGGGUUCCGAUUACUAUUCUGGUAAUACAGAUUAUGGUCAACAAUCUCGAACAAAUACGCAUCAGCAACAGGGUGGUAGUCAAUAUGGUUCACAAGUUUAUGGAAGAGACUACAAUUACAACGCAGCUGGUGACAAUGAUCGCAGAAAUAAUCAUUCUGUUAGUUACAAUGAAAACAACUACGAAGAGAUUUAUGACGACGACUACGACAAUGGCAAAUCCAUCACAGGCUAUAUAGAUCCUCACGCGGCUUCCUCUCGAGAACAACAACAAGGUCGAAGAGACCCAAAAACAUACGGAACAUACAGCGAAUCUAGAAACCAAGGUCUAGGUUUGGACAACUCUGGGGUAGGUGGAGCCGCUCGUGGAAGUGGCUUCACCACUGGAGUUUUAGACUUAGGUACUCUGGGGGGCAGUCAGAACAACAAUGGAGCAAGAGUCAGCGAAAGUCAUUGGUCGGAAACGCGACAAAUCUCUCCUGUUUAUAACAAUAUCGGAGAUAAUGUACCUACUGCUGCCCCAUCAGGCAAAAAAUGGAAUCAUGGAAGAAGAAAAAGACAGAUUGUGGGUGACAAUCAUCCGUCUAUCCAAAAAAUCAAAGAAAAAUAUCCUUGCCACAACUUAGGUUGUGUGUAUAUGAGGUGCACCGUCGAGAAUUUGGAACACGGAAAGCCUUUAACUAUUGCACUGAGAGGCAGACUCAAUGCAAAAGUUCUAAGAAACAUGAAACUAGACAACGCUAUGCAAUUUUCUUCAAUGAUGUUGGCAAGAGUGCAAAGAGUGCCACGCUUAAUGUCAGUUGACGAUAGUAAGAUAGAAAUGCAAGAAGUUGAAACUGUAGUUAAAACACCAGAAGAAAUAAAGUCUGAAACUGUGCCUCUCUGGGUUGUCGUGUUGUCAGCCGUUGCCGGAACUAUAAUACUGCUACUUCUCAUUUUCCUUCUAUAUAAACUCGGUUUCUUCAAGAGAAAUCGUCCUUCGAGUGCCCCUGAAAGGCAGCCUCUUAACCGUAACGGUUAUCAUCACGGUGACGAAGCUCUGUGAUUUUUCGGUAGCUACACUACUGCCUAAAAAACCAAAAGACUUUUGUUUAACUUAUUGUCAAUGUGUGAAUGUGUAGUUGAAUAUGUUUUCGACAGAAUUGCCAUCAUAUGUUUAAGUGACUUACAGACUAAUUUACAAGGUUAAUACUUACUAAACCGUGCCUUAUUCACUAGUGCCACGCCAUACUUUGCUGUCGAGCAUCGUAUCUGUUUGUUAUGAUAGAAUUAAUUUAGUCGUAUGAAGCAAUCAAUUCGUACUUAGUUACAAUUUGUUGUUUUGCCACUAAUUGGAAUUAAAAAUGAAACGCAGUUUGUUUGUUGACGUCGAAAUUUGUACAUUAUAGUUUGGAACUGUAAAUAAAACUAUUAUUAUGUUA